AUGACGCUGUGGGAGGAGUUGCGUGCCGUGCGCAGAGACGAAGGGGAUCCGGCAGAGGCUGCUAGAGGGAGAGGGACAGUCGGGGGGCAGCCGCGGAGACGGAGCGGGGAGGGGGCAAAGGACGGCCAGCCGAAAGGGCCCCCCACCCAGGCGCGAGGGGGACGGGAGCGCCACGCCAGCCCGCCUCCCUCCCUGCAGCCGGACCCUGCCAGCCAGCCAGCCACCCCUCCCCCAUCCUUACUCACCUCACCGCUUCGGCCAAUCAGCUGUGGGGGGGCCGCGACGAUAGCGGAGGGUACCAGCCUCGCAGCCAAUCAGCGCCAGGGGCUCGCGGGGCCGCUUGCCGCGAGCCUGGACGGAGGCGAAAAGGUGGGGUGA